AUGAUCAAUCAAUUGUUUAUUCACAAUUACACAAUCAUCACCUGUACAACUAGCAUUCAAAGUAGUAGUAGCAGUAAUAGUAGUAGUAUUGUACCACGUAUCAUUAUAUCAAAUUCGACAGAUUGGUUGUAUUGUGAAACGACGGUUGCUAUUCAAUCAGGUGAUUAUAAUGUUACAGUUGUGAAUGAUAAUAAUUAUAGUCAAUCUACAAUGAUUACAUUUAUUCAAACCUAUCCACUAGCCAUUUCAUUUGAACAUGAUAUUUGGCAUAGAAUAUACGGUUAUUUCGGUCCAAAUGCAAAUGACAAACUCAACGUGUCGGUGAUUGUUAACCAAGACGAAAUAUGUUUUCCAAGCAACGGGUCGAUUUAA